UUGCUUCUGAUUGGCUCCUGACCAGGAAGUACGGAAGUAUUAAAUGUUAAGUGUUCGUGCCUUUCGGUGUUUUGUAGCUGUGACUUUUGUCUUCAAUGGAAAACAUCGCUGCUCACUUUCUAUUAAUAAUUUAUUUCCUCUUCGUGCUGAUGUGUUUUAUCGCCGAUGCGCAGGAUCUACUCGAUGACGGCGGCUGUCGACUAUGUGCUGCUGGUGAGCGCCUCCUACUGGCAUAAAAGUGUAAUUGUGUGCAGGUCGUCCCAGGGUUUGCACCAUGAAGGACCGUGCAACAUCCCAGUGCUGGACGGCCGCUCGCUGCCACUGCGGUACUUCCUGGACAGAUACGCAUACAGCACACCAGUGGUGAUCCGAGGUGUGACUGAUAACAUGAAAUUCCGCUCUUUGUGUUCCAAGUCUUCGUUACUGGAAGAGUACGGCCAACGCAAAGUACGGCUCAGUACGGCCAACACGUAUUCUUACACAAAAGUGGACGUGGCAUUCAGGAAGUACGUGGACAACCUCCUCAGACCUCAGUCGCUAGACGUCCUUGGCAGCGACACCUUGUACUUUUUUGGAGACAAUAACUUGACGGAGUGGCAGAACCUAUUUGACGUGUACAAGCUGCCGCCGUUCCUGCUGCCCGGCACCAGCAGAGCUUACAGCUUCGGCAUCGCAGGUGCUGGAACUGGCGUCCCCUUCCACUGGCAUGGUCCGGGCUACUCGGAGGUCAUCUACGGGAGGAAGCGCUGGUUCCUCUACCCGCCUGACAAGCAGCCACACUUCCACCCCAACAGCACCACCCUGUCCUGGUUGACGGACACCUACCCCAACCUGCCAGCAGACGAGGCCCCGCUGGAGUGCACCAUCCAACCCGGAGAGGUGCUUUUCUUCCCCGACCGCUGGUGGCACGCCACGCUCAACCUGGACACCAGCGUCUUCAUGUCCACCUUCCUGGGAUGAAGACAUGGAAUGAUGUUAUCAUGUCCUCAACACAAGACAUGUAUACAUGUAUGCAUGCAUAUAUAAUUUCGGGGUGAGAUUCUUUUGGCACUUAACGAUUCGAACCCAUUACGAUAUCUGGGUUGACGAUACGAUUCGGAAUCGGUUCUCGAUAGAAACAGAUUCUCGCAAUAUAUUAUUUGAUACAAUAUUUAUAAUAAAAACAUUUCAAAAUAUAUUGGAAUAGCUUCUCUUAGUUGCAUGGAUAUGGCAUAAAAAAGGUACUAUUAAAAAUGUGUUCAUAUAUAAAAAAAAAUUUAAAUUGAAUUUUAAGACUUAGUGUUGUGAUGCGGAUGUAAUGCAAUUUUUUGUGCACCCUCAGCAGACUCUAUCAGCAAUAUGGCCGACCAAGGUGUUUACAUUCCAAAAAAUACCAACUUUUUUUAGAAAUAUGUAAUUUUGUUAUCCGGCAUUUGAAUAGGCCCUUAAUGGAAUCUAAUUUGUGGUUCAUGUGACGCCAGUGACCCUGGAAUGUACUUUUUAUUGUUUGACUGUACAAUGUUGACUUAUAUGACCCAAUGCAAACAACCUCCCCUAGUCAUGACACAGGAAAAUAAAAUAGCAAAUAGCACACAAAGUCAACAAACAUGGCACACAUAACACAACCUGCUGGCUGAACUUUAGAUUAGAUUAGAUUAGAUAGUACUUUAUUUAUUCCGUCAGGAGAGUUCCUUCAGGAAAAUUACAAUUUUCAGCACAAUCCCAUUCAAGAUCAGACAAACAUUACAGGGAGACAGAACAGGAUCGCUGACUGGUCUGCCGGCUUCCAGCGCCCCUUACAAAAAAGAUGACAUACAGGUAAACAAGGGGGGGGGGGGAGAAAAAAAUAGAAGAUUAAAA